AUGGACCCACAAGAUCUUAAACGCUGGGUCUCCGACACUUCCAUCAAGGUGCUUGGAAUGUCGGACAACACAACUCGAGACUUUUUGAUUGCCUGCGCACAAACCGCAAAAUCGCCUGCAGAUCUUCUAAAGUCCUUUGGGGCUAUGGAUAUCCCCACUAACAGCAGGACCCAAUCCUUCGCACAGGAACUCUUCCAACGUACGCCUCGAACCCAGUCCUCACGAUCCUUCACAAAGUCGGUUACUGCAGGGGCUGGUGGCACAGGCACUACUACUGUCUUGUCGGCGUCGGAGGUCAAGAAGAAGCGCAAGGAGGAGAGCGCUAAUUUGAGGCUUCUGGAGAUGAAUGAUGCGUAUGGACUGAUCAUGGACGAGGACGAUAAUGAGGAAAGCCGGAAGAAGUCGAAAAAGUCAAAGAAGAGUUCCAAGGACAAGGAGAAAGAGAAGGAUUCGUCUGAAAGUAGUAGAAAACGGGAUAAGAAGAUCAGGAGGAAAGAAGGCGGAGAUGAUGCGUGGGAGAGUGAUGAGGAAGAAAAGGAGUACAGGCGGAGAAGGCUGGAGGAACUCGAUCGGGAAUCCAGACCCGCCAAGACUGAGGAGGAAAUCGAAGAAGAACGACUGGAAAAGUUACGGGAAGAAGACAUCAGGGAGCGCGACGAGUUUGCCAACCGACUCAAGAACAAGGACGAGGGCAAGACCAAGAAACUGGUGGAAGACAGGUCGUCAAAGUCUGACACUCGCAGGAAUCUCGCUGACGAUCCCGACGCCAGGAAGGCAGCACUCCCCACAUUGCGCGAACGCGCUCGUCAGGAAUACUUGGCCAAGCGUGAGGGGCUCCAGAUCGACAAGCUCCGGUUACAGAUCCGAGAUGAUGAGGAGUUGUUUGAUUCCAAGGAUCUUACCAAGAAGGAGCGGGAGGAAUUGGCGUAUAAGAAGGAGCUGCUUAGGCUGGCAGAGGAGCGAAUGAAUGUUGACGACCGCUAUGAUGGAUACCAUAUGCCGGAGGAUUAUAUUACAGAGAAGGGCAAGCUGGACAAGAAGAAGAAGCAUGAUGCUUUGUACAAGCGGUAUGAGGAAGAACCCGGCGAGAAGUUUGUCUCGGAGCAGGAUCAGUGGGAAGAGCAGCAGGUGCGCGCAACACGACAGCAUGCCACACGGAAAUCGGAUGUCAAGGAGGGAGAGGAGAUGGACUAUGAGUAUGUCUUUGACGAGGACAACAUCGAGUUCAUCAUGGAUCAGCAAGAAGAGACCAAGGAGCGACAAGCUGAGGAACUGCUGGAGAAGAUCAAUGAGCUUGAGCGCAAGGAGAUGUCGAUCAAGGAGGUCCGAGAGUCGUUGCCGAUCUACAAGUUCCGCCAGCCAUUUUUGGAUGCCAUUGCCCAGUAUCAGGUCAUGGUUGUGGUGGGACAGACCGGUUCAGGAAAGACGACUCAGCUGCCGCAGUAUCUCCAUGAAGCAGGAUAUUCCAGCAAGGGGCUCAAGAUUGGAUGCACUCAACCUCGUCGUGUUGCUGCUAUGAGUGUCGCUGCCCGAGUCGCCGAGGAGAUGGGAGUCAAGCUUGGAUACGAGGUCGGGUACUCGAUUCGAUUUGAGGACUGUACGAGCGAGAAGACGGUGGUCAAGUAUAUGACGGACGGAAUGUUGUUGCGCGAGUUUAUGAGCGAGCCCGAUCUGGCUGGUUACAGUUGUCUCAUUAUCGAUGAGGCUCACGAACGGACGCUGCACACGGAUAUUUUGCUGGGGCUGAUCAAGGAUAUUGCGCGAUUCCGACCAGACCUCAAGGUGUUGAUCUCCAGUGCCACAGUCGAUGCCGAUAAGUUUUCAGACUACUUUGAUGGUGCGCCUAUCUUUAAUAUCCCCGGACGGACAUUCCCGGUCGAGGUCCACUACACGACAUCGCCCGAGGCCAACUACCUUGCGGCGGCGAUCACCACCGUCAUGCAGAUCCAUAUCUCACAGGGACCCGGCGACAUCUUGGUCUUCCUGACAGGUCAGGACGAGAUUGACAGUGCGGCCGAGAACCUACAGCAGACAUGUCGAGUUCUGGGAGACCGGAUUCAGGAACUUAUUGUCUGUCCGAUUUACUCUUCGCUGCCGUCGGAUAUGCAGAGCAAGAUCUUUGAACCGACUCCGGAGGGAUCGAGGAAGGUUGUCUUAGCGACUAAUAUUGCUGAGACUUCGAUUACGAUUGACGGUGUCAAGUUUGUGAUCGACCCCGGGUUCUCCAAGAUGCUGAGUUACAACCCCAAGACUGGCAUGGAGUCGUUGGUGGUGACGCCUUGUUCGCGUGCGUCGGCGAACCAGAGGAAGGGCCGUGCGGGUCGUGUGGGGCCUGGAAAGUGUUUCCGACUGUAUACAAAGUGGGCUUACGACAACGAACUGGAGGAGCAUACGGCACCUGAGAUUCAGCGGAUCAACCUCAACUCUGUGGUUCUGACGCUCAAGUCUCUGGGUAUCAACGAUAUCAUUGGAUUCGAGUUCAUGGACCCACCACCAGCGGAGACGUUGAUGCGAGCGCUGGAGCAGCUGUAUGCGUUGGGGGCUCUGAACGAUAAGGGCCAGUUGACGAAACUGGGACGACGUAUGGCCGAGUUCCCUGGAGACCCGAUGUUGGCCAAGACGAUGAUCAUGGCGGAGAAGUAUCAAUGCACGGAAGAGAUUGCCUCGAUUGUGGCGAUGCUCUCGGUCCAGAACGCGAUCUUUUAUCGACCCAAGGACAAGAAGCUACAUGCGGACAAGGCUCGGCAGAACCUGACAAAGCCCGGAGGCGACCAUCUGACGCUGCUGAAUAUCUGGGACCAGUGGGUGGAAUCGAACUACUCGAUCCAAUGGUGUUUCGAGAACUAUUUGCAGCACCGGUCGAUGACGAGGGCGCGGGAUAUCCGGGACCAAAUGGUGGGGCUGAUGGAGCGGACGGAAGUCGCGAUGGUGUCGAACCCGAACCCGAACGACACGUCGCCGAUCCGCAAGGCGAUCACGUCCGGGUUCUUUUAUAACGCGGCUAAGUUGACAAAGUCGGGGGAUUCCUAUAGGACGGUCAAAAGUCAGCAGACGGUCAUGAUCCAUCCGAGUAGUUCCUUGUACCAGGUCAAUCCCAAGUGGGUCGUCUACUUUGAACUGGUCCUUACCAGUAAAGAGUUUAUGCGAGUUGUCAUGGAGAUUGAUAGCGCCUGGCUCACCGAAGUCGCCCCGCAUUACUACAAGGACAAGGACCUGGAUGACGAAAGCAAGAAAAAGAUGCCCAAAGGUCAAGGCAUGGCCCGCAUCGCUCCUCCACCAUAG